GAAAAAAACGUCAAAACAUAUUUUUGUUCGUGCAUAACAGACAGAUUUUGUCCGAUGAAGAGAGGUGAAAAAUCGAAAAUUCACUGCUGUCAAUUUCAUUUUCCCUGUUUUCCUCCGGCUGGAAAAUCUCCGGAAAAUCCGUGUACUUAGUAACUUUCCGUGUUCAUGUGAGAAUAUCCAACGGCUCGGUGAAACAUGGGUGAUGGUCAUGGGCAGCCCACGGCUAAGAAGGAAAAUUCCCAGAUUCAACCACCGCAGCAGAAACGAAAAUACAAAGUGAUAAUAAUCGGUGCUGGGAUGGCUGGGCUCUCGUCGGCAAAUCAUCUGGUUAAGAACGGGUGCACGGAUUUCACGAUCCUGGAAGCGCGAAGCCGGGUGGGAGGGAGAAUUGUCGGAAUCGAAAUGGGAUCCCAAAAGGUUGAACUCGGAGCGAACUGGAUUCAUGGAGUGCUCGGCAAUCCCAUGUUCGAACUCGCCAUGCAGCACGGUCUAAUCAGUAUCAUAAACAUACCGAAGCCUCAUAAAGUGGUUGCCGCUACCGAAGAUGGAAGACAAGUGCCCUUUCAGAUUCUGCAGGAAAUAUACGAGGCGUACAUUUGUUUCCUGCGGCGGUGUGAAGAGUACUUCCUGUGUCAGUACCUCCCACCGCCGGACAUUCAUAGCGUCGGAGAGCACAUCAAUUUGGAGGCCGAAUUGUACUUGAACAACAUCGACGAUCAGAAGGAGAAACAUCUGAAAAAGUUGAUAUUCGAGUGCUUGUUGAAACGGGAAACAUGCAUCACCGGCUGUCACAACAUGGACGAGAUUGAUUUACUAGAGUUAGGAAGCUACACGGAACUACAGGGGGGCAAUAUUGUGUUGCCCUCCGGGUAUAGCUCCAUUUUGAAACCGUUGUGCGAUACGUUACCAAAAGAAAAUAUCGUGCUCUCAUGUCCAGUGCAAACCAUUCAUUGGAAACGAAAAGGCCGGAAUCACUCUGGCAAUAAUAACACAGAUACAAUCCCCGAGGAGGAUGAAGAUGACAUCGACUCAGAUGAUUCGGACAAAACCGUAACGGAUGUACCGAUCAAUAGCAACCCUAGCACUAGUGAUCCAAUAGAAGAUAGCUUAAAGCACUGCACGUCGAACGUUCAAAUUGUUUGCAAAAAUGGCGCUAUUUACGAAGCGGAUCAUGUAAUCUGCAGUAUUCCACUCGGCGUGCUGAAAGAGCAUGGUCGAACCAUGUUCUCACCUAGUCUGCCACAAUUCAAACUAGAAUCGAUAGAUUCACUGCUAUACGGAACCGUGGACAAAAUAUUCCUAGAGUACGAUCGACCCUUUCUGAAUACUAAAAUUAGUGAAAUCAUGUUCCUUUGGGAGAACGUCGACGCUGGAUCCGACGGUGAUCAAGAAGAGUACAUGAAAUCCAAUUGGUUCAAGAAGAUUUAUUCUUUCUCCAAAGUAUCGGACACACUUCUUCUGGGCUGGAUAUCCGGCCAAGAAGCCGAGUAUAUGGAAAGUCUCUCGCAUGAGUUAGUCGCCGAAAAGUGCACCGAAAUCCUGCGAAGGUUCCUCAAAGAUCCAUUCAUUCCAAAACCAAAGCGAUGUGUGUGCACAAGCUGGAGCAAACAGCCAUAUAGUCGCGGUUCCUACACGGCAAUAGCUGUCGGCGCAUGCCAGGACGAUAUCGACAAUAUUGCACAGCCUCUCUAUGCUAGUCCCCAUCAGUCAAAGCCAUCGGUGCUAUUUGCCGGCGAGCAUACGCACUCCAACUUUUACUCCACGGUGCAUGGUGCGUAUCUGAGUGGUCGAACGGCUGCUCAAAUCCUGCUGACGCCUGAUUCACCCCAGGAGAUUGUAAUGGAAUCGGACAGCAGUGAUCUCAGCUCGUGGAUUCAAGGCAUUGCGCUGGAAUAGUGAACUCGCGCUUUCCUCGAUGCCUUUUGUGGUUUUAGCAUUUGUUUCUUCGUCCCCGUUUAUCAACACUUUUCUUUCCCGCAUUGCAUUAUGUGGCGGCAUUUCGACUGUAUUCAGUUUCAAUUUGUGUUCAAUUUUCGUUGUUAUACAUCACGUGUUUCGCUCGUUUCGAGUACAAAGAUCGGAACAUCGGUUGUUAUUAUUUCCCACGAUCUACGAUAUCAAAACACGUUACUUUGUGUUUCCUUUUUAUCGAUAGGAAUGACAAAUACAGCUAGACUGAAGUUAUAGAUUUAAAUACAACAAAUUAUAAGCGAAUGGUUACUAUGCAUAACAUUAUUUGAUAUUUGAUAGCUCACAUGGCUUCACCAAAUCAAUUCUGAUUCUGAAUUCGUGCUUGAGAUUUCAUUCAUCCUAACCAAAAACUCUUUACGUUAUCAAACAUUUCCGCUACUUUAAUCCUCUGUAAUUGCAUAUACGACCCCGUUUAUAGACACAAUUUUGUAUUAACUUAUUACCCAAUUGUUUUGUUUUAUCUAGUCCUCUCAUUUAGUGGCAUCAACCCAAAUGUGUAGUGAGUGUAUGUUAUGGAACGGAACUGUUGGAAGUUUAGUUAUUUAUUUUUACCACUUCAUCUAUGCAAAGUGCAAAGUUAGAGAUGGUUUUGUGUAGAGGUUACAAAUAGAAGCUUAAAAUCAACAACUACUUAAACAAAAGUAAGAUCUAGGACCGCUUAAAUUGCCCAUAUCUACACAGACGCAAGCCAAUACUAAUACCGGCGAUUCUUUGGAAAGGACAAAGAGACAGCGAUCCGAUCAAUAGUUGAAAUCGUGGCGCAAUGUUCGCUAGUUCAUCAUAAUGAUUUCUAAUUGUAGUUUAGAGGAUUUCAGACAACGCAUAAUGUGAUUACAAGACUUGUCAGGAUCGGCAGAGAUUGGAGGAAGCAGCGACAACUGAAAGACGAUAGUAUUUUGCUAAAGAUAAUAAAUUGAAAAACAUUUAAAUCAAA